ACUUUAAGAGUUGCGUGAGCGCUCCCUCCCCCUUUUAAGAGAUGCCCCGCCCCUUUUAUGCAAAGCCACGCCCCCCUUUUACCUCGCAUAGCGAAGCCACGCCCACGGCGGGCAGCGCGCUGACGUCACGACGCAACCGCGCACGGCGUCGUGCGUCGAAACGGCGUCGCCAAGAUGGCGGAGCUCGAUCUGCUCGGCUCCAUCCUCAGCACCAUGGAGCGGCCGCCGGCGGCGGCGGAAGGAGAAGCGCGACGGGCGCGGGAGCAAGCAGCCCGCGUGAAGAAGCUGCAGGAACAGGAGAAGAGACAGAAGGUGGAGUUCCGCAAGCGGAUGGAGCAGGAGGUCUCGGCCUUCAUCCAGGCCAGCGGAGAGCCACGGCGUCGCUUCCAGCCCAUGAAUAAGAUUGAGCGCAGCAUCCUGUGAGCUUGGGGGGGAGGU